CCACGGGGGAGCGGGGCGGGGAGAGGCGGCAGCCGGGGCCGGGAGAGCCCGUCCUGGAGCGGCGGAGCAGAGCGGACCAUGCCGGGGCACCGGGGCCGCCUCCCGCUGCUGCUGCUGCCGCCGCUGCUGCUGCUGCUGCUCCCGGCGGCACCGGAGCCCCAGAGCUGCCUCAGCAGGCAGCAGCUCCUGGCCGCCAUCCGGCAGAUGCAGCAGCUGCUGAAGGGGCAGGAGACGCGCUUCGCCGAGGGGCUGCGGGUGAUGCGGAGCCGGCUCAGCACCCUGCACAACUCCCUGGCCAAAGCCGCCCCUGAGCCGCCCCCCGUUUCCUGCCCUGCCCUGCAAGCCCCGGCGGACGGGAAGAAGUUCGGGACCAAGUAUUUGGUGGAACACGAGGUUCACUUCACCUGCGAGCCGGGGUUCCAGCUCCUGGGCUCCAGCACGCGGACGUGCCAGCCCGACGGCAGCUGGAGCGGGCAGGAGCCCCGCUGCGCAGAGAUCAGCGAGUGCACCAGCAGCCCCUGCCAGAACGGCGGGACGUGCCUGGAGGGGCUGAACCAGUUCAAGUGCCUCUGUCCCCAGCAGUGGACUGGGGCCACCUGCCAGUACCAGGCACAGACGGCUCCGCCGGCGUGGAGCGUGACGGACGACCCGGCGUUCAGCCGCCAGCCCCGCUGCGCCCAGAUCGCCCAGACCCAGCAGUGCAGCUGCGACCCCGGGUUCCACAUGAGCGGCACGGCCGCCAACGCGCUCUGCCAGGAUCUCAACGAGUGUGAGGUGUACAAGCGGGACGAGGGGCCCCGGCUCUGCGCCCACCUCUGUGUCAACCUCCCCGGCUCCUACCGCUGCGCUUGCCCCCCCGGCUACCAGCUCCUGGGCGACGGCAAGAGCUGCGAGGACAUCGACGAGUGCGCCCUGUCCCAGGACGACUGCCCGGGCGGCACCUCCUGCAUCAACACCGGGGGCGGCUUCCAGUGCGUGAACCCGCAGUGCCCCCCGCCCGCCGGCAACGUCACCUACGUCAAAACCUCACCCUUCCAGUGCGAGCGCAACCCCUGCCCCAUGGAGAGCCGGCUGUGCCACCAAGCCCCCAAAACCGUCUCGUUCCACUACCUCCCGCUCCCCGCCAACGCGCCGGCGCCCGCGCCGCUGUUCCGCGUGGCCACGGCGGCGGCGCCGGGCCGGCCGGGACCCGACAGCCUCCGCUUCGCCAUCCUGGGGGGCGACGGCCGCGGCCACUUCGUGAUCCAGCGCUCGGGGCGUCACACCGGGGAGCUGGUGCUGGUGCAGAGCCUGGGGGGGCCCCAGACCGUCCGCGUGGACGUGGACAUGUCCGAGUACCUGGAUCGCGUCUUCCAGGCCAAGCACGUCUCCAAAAUCACCCUCUUCAUCUCCGCGUAUGAGUUUUAGGGUUGGGGGGGGUUCCCCGUGCCAAAUGUUGCACCCGAAGGUGCCAGUGCCGUGGCACCGGAGCUCCGGGUGGCGCCGCGUCUGCUCAUCCCUCCUCCCCUCUGCGUUUUACAGAAAAAUAAAAGCAAAUGAGGUGCAAAACAACCCAGGGGCGUGGGGGCAAAGAAUCACCCCCCCCCGGCUCCUGAAGGACGAUGUCCCGCAGCCCCCGCACCGCCUGGAAAGCGCGGCCUUGAUUUCCUUUUUAAUCCAUGCUUUAAGUUUUUCUUUAGGACAGAGGUUAAGCCGGUGCAUGUGGCGGGGGGCUCAUUGCCACCACCGCUCUCCUCCCCACCACCCCAGCGUUUGCUUGAGCACCCCAGCUCAAUCCUCACUUUCGGGGUGCAGAGAACCCCCCCAGGGAGGGGUCUCGACCCCCACGGAUCAACCGGAAUGGGGAACAACCCCUGAGUGUCCCCCCACAAGCCCCAGCUGGCUCUGGGUGCCCCCCCCGGCUGCAAAUAUCCCAAUAUUCUGUUUUUCCAGGGGAUCGCUGGGGUUCUGUGGUGCCACGUGGAGGGGACACACAUGCACCCCCCCAGUUUUACCCCCUCCCGGGUCCCUGUCCCUGGGGGCAGCGCUUGUCACCCGCACGCGUCGCUCCCUUCUGCUGUUGUUUCGUGCCAUUAAACGCUGAUGUAGCCUCCGAGCGGGUA